AAAAAAUGCUCUGAUGCUCUGCAGUCGGCUCUGAACGCAGGUGUAUCUGCAGACAAGAAGAGACUUUAAUCCUUUAAGAGGAUCAGGUCUGAGAUCUGAGGGGGGACACACCACACAAUCCAAGAGGAACUGACCGCACUGUCGUUAACUCCACAUGGCAUUUCUGUCAUUUUUCUGUCAUGUUCAGGUGAAAUAUGCUGCGCUUGGUGCAGUUCUGGCUCGUUGUGGAACAUGAACAGUGAUGGAGGUCGAGGCCGUGUUCGGUAAACCCAGUCGUUUUGUCGUCAUGUGUCCUGAACUUGAAGAGAACUGAACAGAGGAAGAGGUAAAUUCACCUUGUGUUCGUUUAGGAAGUUUCAUUUAUGUAUACUAAUUCACAUAGUCUUCCAUGUUCUUCCUGUAGCCAAGUAAGAAGUGAAAAUGUAUUCAGUAGCCGCCAGGGGGCGCCUCCACUGGUUGCAAAAAGCACUAUGUAUGAAUGGAAGUCUAUCAUAGCGAAAUAAGUUUCUACUUGUCACUUGACUGAUAGUGUUGUUAAAACAUUUGUGUCAUUAUUUUCAGCUCUUCAAUAGAACAUGAUGCCAGUUUUGUAAAUUAUGAUGAUAUAGAUGAUAAAGUACAGCACUGCGGUAAAAGACUUGCUCAGUUUCUCUCUGUGAGACUGGGGAGGGGCAGGGAAGAAGAACGAGGUUCCAAGUGCCACAAUGUUUUGGUAAAUACUCACAAGUCCACAGGGUGGAGAUAGAGGUUCCACACUGGAGCUUGAAAUACAAAUGACUUUAAAACAAUCCUCCCUGACAGGUGGCAGGUGAGUAAGUCAUGGCCUUGCUGGAGGUGAUCUGCAGCCUGAUUGGCUGGUUCGGUCUCUACGCGUUGUUCUGCUGCAUAUUCACUCGGCGCGGGCCCGAGUGGAGCUGCCGCCUGGUCACGCUGUGCCACGGGGUCGUCAUAGUGCUGCUGACGGCGUAUGUCGUCUUCAUAGACGGACCCUGGCCUUUCACACAUGCAGGUACAGAGAACACUGAGCUCCAGGUCUUUGCCCUCUCCGUCUGCCUCGGCUACUUCUUCUUCGACGUCAGCUGGUGUGUGUGCUACCACACUGAGGGCCCCGUCAUGCUGGCCCACCAUGCUGCCAGUAUCCUGGGCAUCCUGCUGGCGCUGCUCAUGGGAGAGUCGGGCUGCGAGACCUGCGGCGUCGUCUUCGGCAGCGAGAUCACCAACCCGCUGCUGCAGACCCGCUGGUUCCUCCGCCAGCUGGGCCUCUACGACAGCCUGCUGGGCGACGCCGUUGACCUGCUCUUCAUCGUACUGUUCGCGACGGUGCGCGUGGGCCUCGGCACGGUGCUGUUUUACUGCGAGCUCACCUCACCCAGGACGUCACUGGUCAUGAAGCUCGGGGGCGUGGUCAUGUACGGACUAGCCUGGGUCUUCAUGGUGGACAUCGCCAGAUUUGGCUACAAGAAAAGUAGAGCAAAGUAUAAAAAGUGGAGGGACAAUCGUAAACUCAAAGAAAAACUGGACAGACUUUCAGACAAGAGCGACUGAAGGGAUUCAUUUUGAAGAUCGUUAAAGGGAAAAAAUAACUAGCUAAUAAAACCUACACCAAUACCUUGCCUACAAUACCUUAACAAUGUGUUUAUUUUGGCAUAAAACAAGCUUUUCCAAAUAAAAACUGACUUAUGUGUCGCCUUGUGAACUGAUAACUCUCCCACACCAAACUCCAUAGAGAAAAAUAUUAAUUUUACAGCACAACACACACUUUAGUUAUUGAUCCACUGCUUCCUCCGUCAGUUAUCAUCAUUUUGAUUAAUCUAAGUGACAAAAACUUGCUGAAAUGGGUCAAUGGGCCUGAACAAUGAUUCUCAGCUGACCAGCAGCUCCUGUGUCCCUUCAUUUAAACAAAAAUGAAGAAAUUAAUCAAUUCUUUAUUUAUAUAGCACUUACCAUACAUAUGAUAUGCAACAUAAAGUGCUUUUCAUAAAAACACUCAUCACCCACACCGACCUGUCCCAUAUUCACCCACCCAGAUACAUUCACACACUGGGGAAAUGCACAAACAUGUGUGAAUGUGCACAAUUCUCACGCCUCUGUGCUGCUGUGGUGAAGGUCAGAUAUUCAUUCACUUGACGGAUCUGCGGCGUUAACCCGGAGUGGCACUAGUCUGACACCAGGGCAGAUUAUCAGACAGUUUAACCUCACACAGAUAUACAGUAUUCAGUCUAGCAUGUCGUAUAUUUUAUUUUGUAAUGAUGUAGUUCAUUUAAAGCCUAACAUUACUUUUAUGUUUACAUUGUAGUUGUCAUUUUGUCACUGUGUCUGCUAUGGCCAAUGUUUUUUUUUUUAACACUUUGGUGUUAUAUGGUCCAAGGAAAAAUCCAUAGAAUGUUCUGAGCACAUCCACUACACCUAAAAAGCUGUAAAAAGAUUAUUUUUACUUUUUCACUGCAAGAAAGAAUUAAAAAAACAAAACAAAUGUGAAGACAUAAUGCAGAGAUCAUUAUGAAAAUAUGGCACAUGUACGAAUUCUCACUUAAUUAAA